AUGACGCGCCUGAUCACCGUCCUACUCGCGGCCUCCACCGACGCCACGCGUCUCCACCGUGUUCGGCCGAGCGACGAGUCGCUUACUGCGUUUGCGGCGUCGAUCGCCGACCGCGCCAUCAAUCACGACAUCCACCUGGCGCGGGCACCUGCUAGCGGCACCCCAGCUCGCUCGCUUCGCGUCAUCGCCAUGCGCGUGCCACUCGGCCACGGCCGCGCCUGCUGGCGCCGUGCGCGGCGCAGGCUGCUCAGCUGGGAGAUGCACGAGGGCAGCACCUGGUCCGCGGUGCUGGUCGAGGACCCGCCGGGACGCAGUCUUGUCACCCUGGCUGCGCUGCCCAGCCCGCGCCUCCCGCUGCUGUGGGUGAGCAACCCCUGCCGGGCGGUUCGGCGGCGAGUCGGCCGCCGGCGGUGCUCCGUUGGCUACUCGACGCUGAGCGGGCACCUUCUUGAAGGCGAGGAGAAGAUGGACGUCGUCUGGUCUCGCGAGACGGACGAGGUCGCGUUUGAGGUGGUAUCGCACUCCCGUGGCGCUGGUCCGCUGGGUAAGCUCCUGUUCCCCGCGCUGAGUUCGACGCAGCGCCGCUUCUUCCGCGAGCAGUGCCGCUGCAUGCAGCGCGCCGCGGCCGGCGUGCAGCGAGUCGAGCCGGUCUGGUCCUCCCCGCGUAGCGCGCAUCCCGGACAUCGGCUCGAAGCGGUGGCUGGGGUGACGCGGUGA